GAGAGGAAGAAGAGGAAAAAUCGGAGGUGGAGGAGGAGAAACAGGAGGAAGAAAGGUAUCGCGUAGCCACAGAGAGUGCGCACAGUCCAUCGUAUACUCGGCAUGGACCGUCAGUACACCCUCUGCGUACUCGUACCUGCACAUCAAUACCGUAACUACGUGAAUAAUUAUCAUCAUCAUCAACAGAAACAAGUGCAGGAGCAGCAACAGAAAAGUUUGCAACCUCCAUCAUAUCUUCAGUAUCAACAGCAACGCUUAAUUCAACAGACGCAGCAACAACAAGAACAAAUCUAUGAAAACGUCGUGUCUCAAUAUCACAUGAAAAUGUGCUAUCAUAAUGAUUAUGAGAACGAUGAGCAGAUACAGAAAUUCUACUGGGAGCAGUGUUAUAAGCGCAAUGAUACCGACACUACAGCGUAUUACUACUGCGAAUAUGCGAAGAAGGAGAUUUAUGACGUAAAACAUCAGAGGCUCUGCUUGGCUCAGGACGAAUACAAUCACCUCAAUAACGCCUUAACCACCCUUGGCGCAUCGCGUACAAGUUUGUGUUCCAGCUCGAGUUCCUUGAGUACCAAAUAUGACCCUGACCUGCUUAAAUCAGACGUGGCACUUGCAAGGAGUCGAGUUUCUCGAUUAAAACGAGAACUCGAGCAAAUUCGAGCGGAGAUGAAUUGCACGCAACGAGGAGUAGAUACUCUCGCCAGUGUGGAACAAAAAUUGAGCACUCAUCAUGGUGGAUGCUACAAUAUUAUGGAAGCGCAGGCGAUCAUGACGGAACUUCGCAACAUACAAAAGUCUUUAAGCUCAGGUGAGAAAGAGAAGGCUGAGCUGAUGCAAUCGCUGGCACAAUUAAAGGAUGAACUGACAAGGUUGCAAUUAUGCGAGGGCAGUCCGGAAGCUAGCACGCUCAGUUUGCCACAGGAGAAGCUCAGCACGGCCUCUCAAACUGAUCUCUCGGGCGAGCUGGUACCGAUCGGUACUCGGCUGGCCGAGAUGGCACGUAUGAGGUUGCAAUAUGAUGAGGCAAGAAAACAGAUUCAGCAUAUACAACAACAGUUGGCGGAUCUCGAAGAAAAAGUGACGCCAGGACAAACUGAGAGCGACAAGGAUAAGCUGUUAUUAUUCCAAGAAAAAGAACAGUUAUUGAGAGAAUUACGUAGCAUCACUCCACGAACAAGAACACAACAGGACAUGAAGAAGAUCCAGUUGGAAAUUCGUAGGCUCGAGCAAGAUCUUAAUACCGCGUUUGAACUUUCAAAUAAAACCAUCACUGAUCGCGUACGGCUCCACGAAGAGAAGCAACUGCUGCUGCAGCAACUUAGAAAUGCGCUACGCUCAAUGGCAAUGUUAGAGGGUCAAUUGAAAACUUUGAGCGCUAGUACAUUGUCGGUGAGCAGUAGUUCCAGUCUCGGUAGUCUCAGCACGACGAGUAGCAAAGGUUCUCUCAGUUCUGGACUUAGCUUCACGGAUAUUUACGGUGGUCCGCAGUGUUUGGGAUCGGCUAGUUUACAGCAAGAACGACCAGUCGAUAUGGUUGACCUCCACAGACGUGUUGAAAGACUGUUGCGUGGUUCCGAACAGAGUAAUCUCGUCGGAACACCCUCACCCGGCAGAUCUCAGCCCAGUCUUUCCCCAAGAUCGAGUUUGUCCAGUGUAAGCCCGCCGGUAUCGCCGUUGUACGAAAAUGCGCCGAUGGGUCCGCCGCCUGCCUAUGAACAGGUAGAACUACAGAGGAGGCAAUAUCAGAGAACAGCGGCACCUGCAGUGACAACAACGACAACAACAAUAGCAACGAUUAGCGGUACCGCUACGUCUCAUCUGGACGGGAAUCAACUAGAGGACCGUUUGUCGGAGUUCAGAUUUGUUUGUCAGCAACAAGGAGUAGUGUCACAACAAGAACAACAGCUGGGCUCCAUUAAUACGCAGGAUCGUUUAAAACUGGUCGGUCCCCAUCCGCCCGUCGAACUGCAAUCGAGUAAUAUGUCCCAGGGCAGUGGUUUGGGCAGGCCUGGCGCGAGUGGCACGCAGAUGCAACUACAACCGCCAACGUCCCUGCCGCCGGAGCCACUCCCCUUAUCACCGAUCAGCGAAACACCACCGCCUACUGGGAUCAGGUCGAGAGCCAGUAGUUCCGGUACCAACACUAGAUCCGUCUCCGCCGCCGUUUCUGAUGAAAGCGUCGCAGGUGACUCGGGUGUCUUCGAGGCAUGCAACCGAAAAAGAUUGUCCGGGCCCAUCUCUGAUAUAGACCCAUUAGCUUCUGGCGAAAUGAGCCUAGAAACCGCACAAGUGCAGAUUAAACUAAGGUAUUCAGUGAGUGACGGAUUACUUCAUGUUGGCAUUGAACGAGCGAGAAAUUUAGCCGCGCUUUUCAUACCCGAUAACGCGCAAGUAUAUAUCAAAGCCGCACUGCUGCCGAUGCAAUUACCCAUCAAUCAUACGUGUUGCACGAAAUCCGUCGUGGACUUGCGAAAACCGACUUUCGGCGAAACGUUUCCGAUCGCCGUGCCGCUUAACAAAUUGUACACGAAAACACUGCAAGUUACACUUUGGUGCACCGAGGCCGAGAAAUGUUUGGGUUCUGCACAAGUCUCGUUGGCAGACUUUAGUCCAGAAUCUCCUAGCGUGAAAUGGUAUAAUAUACUCUCCUUCCGCUUCAUGCAUCCAUCUGAUAGUCCCGGUACCAGUACCAACGGCACCUCUAUGAACGUCAGAUUGACGAAGCAUGACAAGCAGGAAUCGGAUAUUUCGGUAUACAGGAGCGUACAAAAUAUGAAAGAAGAGAGUAGUGACGAGAGUACGAUAAUCAGUUCCCAAACGUCCACCUUGACAAGGAAUCAAGACGAGUUGCAGUCAGCCGUAACGUUAAGGUUGGAAGAGCUGAAUUGUCUACGUAGUCCAGAAGAAGAGGAUGAGGAUGAUGGUAGUGAAAGUGGAAGCGAGGACAGCGACGAGGAAGAUAUCAUUGUAGAAUUUACGGUGGAGGAUAAUAUUCUAGAGGAUGUUUUGGAGCACGAGGAAGACGAAGAAUUGAACGAGGAAAUGAGGCAAACGCAGGACAAAGAAACAAACACUGAAUGCGUGUUUAUUCCGGAACAGGGCAAGCAAAGAAAACUUUCUGCGGCUGGUGUUGCACCCGGCGCUAUUCAUGAUGACAAAAACUCUAUUGUGAUUAAAAGAAGUCAAACAUUCUCACCUAGUGCAGCCGUUAGUAGAAAUCAUUACAUUUGUCGACUUAAUCGCAGCGAUAGCGACAGUAGUAUGCCGCUUUAUCGCAGAGGUGGACCUUUCCAACGGAACUCAGUAGAAAGACGUUCCCUGCGAUGGCGUCGACCGUCCUCCGCUCUCAGUUACAAAACCACGAAGAAGUCGUCUCAUUUACUGCCGACAGCCAGAACGUCUUUGGACCUCGAAUUAGAUCUCCAGGCGCAGCAUGCUAAACUGAAUAAUCUCCAAGAUGAGCUUAGUAGGUUACGAGAAUUGAAACAACGACUAGAACAAGCGCGUGAAAGAGGCGAUACCGACUUAGCAACAUGGCUGCUAGAAGAUCAGAAAUUUCAAAAUCUCAUAGCACAGGCCGAAAGUGGCAAGAACGGUAAAAGCCUUGAGGAUAAGAAAGUGGAGAAGAUGUUAAAGAAAACUUCAAAAGAGAUUUACAAGUUGAGGAAAACAAAAGCUGGGAAGGGAAAACCCGAUAUGAUUUCCUUCAAAGAAAAGAUGGCUUUCUUUACGCGAGUGAAUUUGAAUGUUCCUGUUCUACCACCUGAGGAACUCGGGGCUGAAAGUAUAUGUUCUUCGACAUCACACACGCACAGAAAGUACGCAUCGGAGCCUGUCACUAGUUCUUUUAUAACUUCAACAACGCGAUCGAACAACAUUUCCGGUGGAAGUGCAUUGCCUGUCACGAAGAGCAGCAGUGUCACGGAUCGAAGUGCCACAAAUGUUGUUGCCGUGAUUGUCAACGCAGACGAAGUCGCAUUGUCCAAUGUCGACAGUAAAUCUGUGAAUGCUAAAGGUCGACCGGUGGAGACCGAAGCGCGAAGUUCAGAAAACGGCGAGAGGGAGGUUUUACCGAAAUCUACUGAAAAGAAUGGCAAUGGAGAGCCGAAGAGGUACGAAUAUGUUGUUGAUCGGGUCCUCGGUGUGGAAACUGCCUUUUCCCAAUCGUUCUCAGAUGAACGUAGGCCUUCAUCAUCCGGGAUUUCAGAUUGUGGUACUUUUGAGGCCGUAGGUGCCAAGAAAUUGAAAGGACGGAGUGAUCACAAAGAGAUCAUGAUGUUAUUUUCGGCGAUUUUCAUGGAGUUAGGAAACAAUGAGAGAUCACGAUACGAGCGAUAUAAGGCACUGGAGGCCUAUGAGAAGCCUUACAAUAAACCUAAGUAUUUCUGUGAUCCGGACGAAAAGUCACAGAAACUGGAUGCAAGCGUCAAACAAAAAGACAAGUCAGCACAGGAAUUAGUGACUGUAAGAUCAGAAUUAGCUAACAUUAGGAGAAGUUUGGCUGCAGAAACUGAAUCUCAGUCGGGAUCAGGACAUUCUCCAUACUUAGAAUAUAAAUUGCCUAAGCAUCUACAACCAGAUAAAUUUUCUAAAGAAAAAAUGGAGUUAGAGACGAAGUUAGAUGUGAAAAAUAAAGAAAUUCAAGAGAAGCAAAAAAAAAUAUUUGAAUUACAGGAUCAGGUCAGGAGAUUUUCUCAGAUGGAAUCUCAAAUAGAGGAGAAAACACGAAAAUUAGAAGCUUCCAAUAAGGAGAGGGAUAUACUGGAAAAAGAAUUGAUAACUACAAGAUCAGAACUGGCAGGCAUUAAAAGGACGUUAGAAUUGGAGCGACAAGAGAGAAGAGAUUUAGAAACUCGAGCGCUUGGCUUAAUAAGAGAUGCUAAGCGAAAAUGGGAGAAUGCAGAGAAAGACAAAAUUGCACAAUUAAAUAAGCAUAUUGAAGCACAAACUGUAAAAUUAACAGAAUUAUGCACAAGUAAUAAUGAAAUGAGUUCGCGUUUACAAAGAACAGAAGGUGAACUGCAAACUGCAAAUGCAGAAUUGGAUAAGCUGCGCGUAUUUCAAGCACAAUAUAAAGAAUCCUUGGCGAAAACGCGUGAAUUAAGUAGACAAAGUGUUCAAGGCGUAGAAAUUAAGUUAGAGGAGAUUGCUGUGCGCUCUCAUAAUCAAUUGGCCGAUUUACGAGCAAAAUUGGACUUUGAAGCGGCAAAGAAUACAGAUCUCGAGACUAGGUUACGAAACGAGCAGGAUUCGAAUCAUUGUCGCGAGUCAAGAUUAAAUGUUGCUUUAGAACUUGCUCAAAAUGAAUUAAGAGAUUGCCAGGAACAGUUACGUACUAUACAAGCCACGUUACCAGCAAGAGACACCGAGAUCGAAGCUUUGCGUAAACAAUUGCAAGAGAGAGCGAGACAGAUAGAUGAUCUAAAGUCAUCAGAACAGUUGCUUACAACUAUGCAAGAACAGUUGGAAAGGAUGAAUCUUGAAAAUGAACAAUUAAAACAACAAUUGCAAGUUACCAAAUCUGAUCUAAAUGAAACCAUGAUGAAUUUAGAGCAAAGUGAAGCGCUUGCUGUAAAUUUAGAACAAGCGGCACAAGAUAAGAUUGCAUUGCAAAAAAGAUUACAAGAUUCUUUGGAAAAAGAAAAGGAACAAUUGCGCAAAGUGUGUAAUUUAGAAGAAUUAUUAAAACGUUUAGAAAAUAGUGUUACAAAGUUAGAAACAGAAAAUGCUGUUCUUAAACAACUAGAUGAAGUACCAUCUGCAACUCGCGCAACAAUUGUUGAAGUCACAGAUACAAAAGUAUUUCACAGACAAGAAGAAACAGAAAAACUGAAGCAGCAACUUCAAUCAUUAAGAGAAGAAUUAACAGUUGAAAAACAAACAGCAAAACAAGCCCAGUUGAAUUUAUGGAAGAAAGAAAAAGAAUUAUCAGAUGCUAACUUAGAUAAACGUAUAGCUGUAAGGGAAGCUAAACGAGCUGAGGAUAAAAUAAAAACUCUACAGGAUAAAAUAAAAACUCUACAGGAAGAGAAUCAAAAGUUGCUAAAAAAAUUAAAUGAUAAAGUAAAAGAGGAAGAGCAAAAUUCAAAGAAAUUAUUGGAAGAAUUAAAUAUCGCGAAGACAUCAUUGAAUGAUAUUACAAAAGAGGCAUCUAGGCAUAAAAUGCAAGCAGAUUCAGCACAAAGAGCUUUAAUUCAAGCUAAUCAUCAAAUCGAAGACUCACAAACUUCUAGUGCGUCGUUACGUAGAGAAUUGGAUGCAACUCGUAGGCAAAUACGAUCGAAUCAAGAGCGUGUCGAUUCUCAGAAUGCCGAGAACAGGCGUUUGACACAGACAGUUACAGAUCUUGAAUCUAAAAUUGCAAAACUAGAACAGGAUAUCAAAGGGUAUGAAAUAAAUAAUGAGUUGUUAAAGGAAACUUGUACAGUGUUAGAAGAGCAGUUAACGGACUACGAAAGAUUAACAAGCGAUCAUGAAACACGUGAGAAUAUGCUGAUUCAAGAUAAAAUGAAGUUACAAAGAGAUUUAGAAGCUGCCGAAACAAAAGUUCGUGAAGCACAUAUUGCGCAAAAUGAGGAGAAAACACGAAGAAUAGUUGCCGAACGUAACAUUGAACAGUUGGAAUCUGAAACAAGUGAUAUAGAAAGCGAGAGAAACGGUCUUAUCGUUCAAAGAGACCAGUAUAAGAAACUUGUUCAGGAACUCACUAUACAAGUAGAAGAAUUGAAUACGAAAUGUGGUGAAUUGGAAUGUGAUUUCUCGGAAAUGAGUCAUGCUUUAGAAGCUGUUAAAGAAGAAUCGAGAGUCGUGAAAGAAGAAAGUAGCGAAUACUUGACGACAGUACAUGAAUUGAAAGAGGAAAAUUUUGUGCUUAGGGAUAAUUUGCAGAAUAGCAUAGAUCAGUGUCAGGAACUGAGAUCAAGAAUAGCAGAAUUGGAAACCGUCAUAGAAGAGAUGAGACAGUUUUAUCAGAAAAGAGAGAUAAAGUAUGAAAGUGUUAUACAACAACAAACUAAACUGAUUGAUUACUUGCAAUUUCAAUUGGAAGGAGGUGGUAAGAAAAAGAAGACGAAGAUAUGCGAAAUACUUGGUAUGAAACAGAAGGAGAACGUGCCACCUAUGGGUACAGGCAUGCCUGUGGGAUAUCGCGAAUUGGAGAAUCAGCUCGCUAAAGAACAAGCGAAGGUGAAGACGUUGACAGAUCAGCUGUUAAUCCAAAAAGCUAGGGCUGCUUCCGCAUCUGCAUCUGCACCUACAUCUCCGACGACGCCAGAACGCGAAGGCAAAAAAGUGAAGAAUAUCACAGAAACUAGUACCUCGUUACUUAGGCAAUUAUCUCCGCAAAGGAUAGGACACAACAUUCCACAUAGAUUUAAUGUUGAAUUGCCUAUGCGUGCCGGAAAAUGCGCAGCAUGUCCAGAGGCUAUACAGUUCGGAAGACAUGCUCGAAUCUGCAGCGAGUGUCAAAUUAUGACGCAUUUAAAAUGCGCGGUGUCUGUACCUGCCAAUUGUGGUUUACCUAGUGGUUUGUCUAAAUACUAUCAUAAAUCUCAUAGAGAUAGUGAUGAGAGUUUAUCAUCGAUCGGAGAUAGCGUUCAGACUUUGGCAAUAGAUCAGCCGGAUAAACCAGAUGCAGAUUUACAAAAUUCUCCUUACAAAGAGAAUGAAAUUUCUAUGGAAGGAUGGGUAAAAGUUCCUAGUAAAUCAAAAUCUUGCUGGGAGAGAAAGUAUUUGAAAUUGGAAAAACCGUGUCUGUGUCUCUACGAACGUCAGCCAUGUGCGGGGGUGGCACCAAUCAGUCGUUUAAAUUUAAUAGAGAAUAAUGGCUUUAAUGUUUCUGAAAUAGUGCAACAUCCUGAUGUAUUGGAUACAGCAAAAUCUGACAUCCCAUUUAUCUUUAGAAUAGAAUCGAAUUCUGUGACAACUUGUUGGCCUUCAUCUAGAUUGGACGUCAUGGCACUGAGUCAAGCUGAUAAGAGGAAAUGGCUUGAAACUUUAAAGAGUGUUACUGUUCAAAAUUCAUAUCCUAUAUCAAAAUGUAAAAAGUAUCAAACUGUACUCAGAUUAGAAAAACAUCAAUUGGAUUUGAACUGUGUUGUGGAUCUGGGUGCAGAAAAUGUACUUUUGCUAGGUGCGAAAGAAGGUCUCUUUUCAUAUUGCGCUUCGAAAUCUCAAACGCUCACUACAAUUCGCGGUGUCAAGCAAAUACACCAGCUUUCUUUACAUUCUCAUUUGGAUCUGGCUUUAAUGAUAGCCGGUGAAUACAGGGAAUUAGUAUAUUGUAACUUGAGGCUAUUGAAGAAUAAUGCAUUGGCCGCCGACUGUUCUAGACCAGCAAUCAGUACAAAGACUGUAUUAUCUAUCUCUGAUAGUUGCCAUCUUUAUCAAUUACAAGGCAAUAUACUAUGCGCCGCAACCACAUCUCGUGUGAUAUUAUUGAAAUGGAAAAUCGAAGAAGAUUUCGGACAAUUCGUCAGACUUUAUAAAUUUGAUACACAAUUUGAUACACCUUGCAGUUGUGCUAUAUUUACUACAAAUCGUCUUAUUGUAGGUUGUGACAAAUUUUUACAAAUUGAUCUGCAAACUUAUGUUGUAGAUGAAUUCCCAGAAGAAGACAAUAACUCAAUUAAAGCGGCAAUAUCUGGUGCAGCGAAACUUGGCACAUUUCCUGUGUGUGUUCUAAAUAUUUCAAAUAUAUGUGGCACAGCGGAGCUUUUACUAUGCUACAAUGAGUUUGGUGUAUUUGUAGACGAAAAUGGUAGAAGAACUCGCGCUAUUGAUCCAGUGUGGAAUCAUUUGCCAUUUGCUUUUGCAUUCUGCAAACCGUACUUAUUUAUUAUUCAUUUCUCAUCUGUCGAGAUUGUGAAACUCGAUGCAGACGCAUAUAGUUCUUCGGAAAGGAACCCUGAACGUACCUUAAUCGAAUUAUCUAGUCCACGUUAUUUAGGCACAGCUGGUUCAAAAGGAAUUUAUGUGGCCACUAUUAAUUCUUACUUUGAAUUAUUGAAGAUAGAUGGUUUUGUUAGUAUGCCAACAUUGAAUGGCAGUCUAACAAGUCUUGAUACACUAGGUCAAGAAGACGAAAGUAGCUCAGAAUUUAGUUUUACAUCAAGCUUAAUGGAGGCUUUAGAUGGACAAGGGAAAAAAGUACACUUCGCUGGAGUGCAUAAACACUAAAAUAGAUUUUAUAUACAUACAUUUAUAUACA